AUGAACAACAGCAGCAGCAGUAUAGUAGCAAAGGAAGCAAUAGAGGUGAUAGCACAGAGCAUUGGAAUCACUAAUUUGUCCCCUGAUGUCUCCAUCUCUCUGGCUCCCGACGUGGAGUACCGUCUCCGGGAGAUCAUCCAGGAGGCAAUUAAAUGUAUGCGCCACUCAAGGAGAACUGCAUUGACUGCUCAUGAUGUUGACACUGCUCUUAACUUAAGAAACGUCGAGCCAAUCUAUGGUUUUGGUUCUGGAGGAGGAGAUAAAGUUCCAUUGCGGUUCAAAAGAGCUGCUGCAGCUGGGCAUAAGGAUCUUUAUUACAUCGAUGACAAAGAUGUCAAUUUUAAACAUGUGAUUGAAGCCCCUCUACCAAACGCGCCGCUUGAUGCUUCUCUUACUUCUCAUUGGUUAGCUAUUGAAGGUGUUCAACCUGCAAUCCCCGAGAAUCCUCCAAUCGAAGCACCUUCUGAUGCCAAAAAAUCUGACUGCAAGGAUGAUGGUCUUUCAGUCGAUGUCAAACUACCUGUCAAGGAUAUAUUGUCAAGGGAGCUUCAGCUUUACUUUGAAAAGGUCACAGAGCUUACUGUGAGGAGGUCUGAAUCUGCUCUCUUCAAGCAAGCAUUAGUGAGCUUGGCCACUGACUCAGGACUGCACCCUUUAGUUCCUUAUUUCACACAAUUCAUUGCUGAUGAGGUUACACGGAAUCUGAAUAAUUUUUCUCUUCUCUUUGCUGUGAUGCUUAUUGCCCGAAGCCUUCUUCAAAACCCAAACAUUCAUUUAGAACCUUAUUCUUUAUUGCUUUUAUUUGGCACUGCAGUUUCAUACUUCUUGUAG